AUUCAAGUUAUGACUCCUGACUCCUGUUGGACUCCUGUUUACUUCAAAUCAAAUUUCAAAAAUCUAACCUAGAAAUUAAAUGAAACCGUCAAAGUUUACCAAUGGACUAAUGGAAAAUUAAAUUUAACCAUCUCCUAAUAUUGCCAUUCCUGACAAGAAGUAUACCUACCUCUACCUACUUAACUUACCGAAUCGUGAAAUUAGCACCCAGACCAGAAAACCAAGAAAAACAAAAGAAGAAGAAAAUAAAUGCUGCCCAAAAACCCAAAAAGGCAAAAAAAAUCAAAUAAAAAAAACGUAGUGUUCAAAACAGAAAGUUCGGUUUUUGUCUCAACCGGUCGGAAUGGCAUAUUCUCCUUCUUCACCCUACUUGGUCAAAUUACAGGACCUGAAAUUGUGGCAGUGCAAUUAUGAUAACCUGCUGAAAACCAAGACAGAUACAGCUCAUCCCUCAGACUUUGAAACGAUUGAGGGGCUCUCAGCCCUCGAUAGCCCCGAUCUAACCCCUCAAAUGUCUCCUAGACAACCCUCAGUAGACUGGGACAAGAAAGUAUUAACUCCUGCAAAGCCAUUUGAACAGUUGUUGGAAGAGAAACUUGCAGAAGAUCAGCCUGUUAAAGGCCAAGGGAAAGCUAAGAAGCCUUUCCUAAAGAAAGGUUCUGGUCUGUUGAGAUAUAAUCUAGUGCCUAAACACUCAACAGGAAGGAAAGCAGAGAGACGCAGGGCAUCCCAUGAAGAAAAAAUACAUGAUGUACCUAAAACAAGACCUAAAACUCCUAUACAAAAUGAAGACAGUGGUUAUAAGGAUCAGCAGUCUUUGACACCAUUGAAAGUUCCAGAAUUUUCAAUCAGAUCAAAAACUGCCUGGGUUAAACCUGAUGAUGAGGAAAAUCAUGAAAAUUCUGUGGUUAGGGAAUCAACUAAUAGCCAUCAGAAGAAUGAAUUGAAUCCAGCAGGUUUUCAUUCAAAUAUAAUUGAAAGAAUCAAUGAAUUUGCACUGAAACACUUAUUACCUGUUAGUCCAAGAAAGUGUGUAAAAGUUUUAUGUGAAAAAAAUUGUAUCCCAUUAUCAGAAGUGAAUUGUGCUAUCAAACAAGAUUCUGAUGUAUUCAAUACAACUGAAAAAGAGCUGAAACUUUUUGAGGCUUUAGAGGAGUGUGCAGAAAACUCUAGUUUUUCUUCUACAAAUUCCAGUGUUAUGAGAUUAUUGUCUAGCACACCAAGCAAAAAAAAUAAUCUAAUGAAAAGCCCUAUACUGGAAGAAAGUACCAGGGAAUGUCAGUUUCUCCAGAAUAGGAGAUUGAACCAGAAACUGAAGGAAGUCAAUGAAAAAUCUGAUCUACUCAGUGAUUUUUUGAACAAUUUGAGGAAGAUAUCUAAAGACAAAUAUGCUGCAAAAUCAGGCAAAGAAAACCGUGAAAUUACUCCAGAUACUAGUUUCUCAGAAGAAGAGAAAUCCUCCACGAACACCGACACUCGAACCCAUUCACCAUCCAGUCUUUAUACUGAUUUCGAAACCACCUACAGAGAAACCACUAAGGUUGAUGCGGCAGUGAACACUAGCGAUUUAGAAAAACCGCAAUAUCCCCAAAACGAUAAAGGUUGUUCUGAGUGCGAAGAACUGAAAGACAGUCUGAACAGGUUGAAAAGAGAGGUUCCUGAUAUACAAGCCGAGAAAGCUAAACUGUGCGAUUUUGCUAAAGAUUUGGAAAAGAAGCGGGAUCAGCUCAGUAAAGAAAUCGAAAAACUGAGGAAAAAGUAUGAUAAAGAUAUAGGAGAACUGCAAGAAGAGCUGGACAGUGAGAAAAAGAAGUUUUUAAGAGAAAAAUCUAUUUUCGACAUGUAUUUGAAAGAGGCUCAAAACAGACCCAACAAAAAAGAGCGGGAAGAAAUAUCCGGGCUAAAGAAAGAACUAGCCGACAUAAAAGAACUUUUGAAACUCAAAGACACGAAGAACGGAGCCACUCAGGCCAGGUUGCGCAACCACAUAAAACAACUCGAAAAAGAACGAACCGAACUCAAAUCCACCGUUGACAGUUUGCAAAAGGAGAACUCGAAAUUGAACGCGAUACAAAAAGUGCGCCGGCCAGCGGAAUCCAAAAUGCUACACGAAAUCAACAAAAAUCUGUCCAAAUUGACAGAGGAGAGUCUCAAAAGUCAGUUGAACAAAUCUGAUUCGUGCGGCAGCAAAAAAACUUCGUUGGAUGAUGUCAAAAAGGGGAGGAGGAAAAGUACAGGGGAUGCUAGUGGGAAACCGGAUAGGGAAAUUAUAUCACCCAAAUCGAAUAGGAAGCCUCUACCGAAUUUCAAAAGGAGGCUUUCUGAAGACAUAGAUUCCGUCAUUGAGGACAGCAACGAUGAACAUCAAACUACCGAUAAUGGAGAUUUUUCUGUAGAAAAACAGUACGAGACUACAUUCGGACAGUCUACCGAGGCCCCGACUCGAAUCAAUAUGAAGGAGUCGAAAGAAGUAACUAAAACUACAAAGGUCUUUCCGGACGGAUCAAAGGAGAUCAAAUACAGCAACGGAAGCUGGAAAACCGUAUCUCCUGACAGUCAGUUGAUAACCUUCAAGUACUAUAACGGUGAUAUCAAAGAGACCAAUAUGAAGGAAGGUACUGUAAAGUACUAUUUCGCUGAAAGUUCAACGUGGAUAACGGAGUUUCCUGAUGGAUCGGAAGUGGUCGAGUAUGCCAAGUGUCCGACAAAGAUUCAUUUUGGCUCCAACAUUGAUCCUACUCCAUAUCCACAGCUCUUCAGAUGUACUAGAUGUACUAGUACUAGAAUUGGAGCACUGUUUUCUCAUAUGUGGUUUGGCACCCAAGCAAAGUUAGAUUCCACUCGAGACACUCGCCUGGUUGGUGAUACCACACUCACAAAUUCAUGGAAGAAUUGGAAUACCACAGAGAAGUCGAUGACUCUUCAAUUUUCUUCUUUCCACGGGAAAUAUUCUUCAGGAAUAUCUGCUAUCAUUCCAUCACUAGCAACAAGCCCAGUCAGCACUUGCUUUUGUUGUCAACCUCCACAGUAUCAGAAUUCUUUGCUCAGGUUUGGACUCUGCAAUUCAAUGAGACAGUCUUUCGAUCUAAAAAAUCUAACUGCGUUUUUAAUUGCAACACACGAAUUUAUGCAUUUCCUCAGUGGUCAAAAGGAAAGGAAAUACAAAGAUGGGAAAAUAGAAGUGCAAUGUCCUGAUGGUCGGUCGCUAACAAGAGGUUUGGAUGGUUCCAAUGAAAUUUCUUAUCCAGAUGGUUCGAAAUUGCUGCAAACUACCGACGGUCAAAAAAUUAUCAUGUUUCCUAAUGGACAAAAAGAGUUUCACACUAAAGAGCACAAGAGAAGAGAAUAUCCUGAUGGUACUGUGAAAUUUAUUUAUCCUGAUGGUACUCGAGAAACAAGAUACAGUUCUGGCAGGGUCAGAAUAAAAGAUUCUAAUAAUGUUUUGAUCAUGGAUACUCAUGGCAGUUGAUCAGGACUUUUUUUGUGGUGUUUGUUUUUGUACAUAGGAACGGGUUUUAUCUAAUAACAUGCCAAAAUUUCCAAAGAUUUUUUCUGAGCUAUACAGGGUGUUGAUUAAGUAUAUGACCAAACUUCGAGCGGUGUGUCCAAGUUAUCGUUUUCUAAUGAAUCUAAUAAUCGCUGGAUACCACUGAUAAAUUUCAGCAGAAUUGUGUUGAUCAUUUUCACGAUUUAUACAAAAAAAACAAUUAUUUUAAAAAUGUCCGACAUCGUGUAUCUUUCAUUUGCAAAAAUAUGUUUAUACCAACUUUCAGUCUAACAAUCGCUAGAAGAAUCACCACAUGAAAUUUGGCUGCAUACUUGAUUAACACCCUGUAUAGAGUGUUGUAAAUGAAGAUGGGAAUUAUUUUUCCUUCGUUUGAUCACCCCAUUUUCGACAAAUAUUGUGAUUGUUUUGAUGAAUUAUCAUUAAUGAAAUUCGGCAUGCAAUUGGGGAACACCCUGCAUUUCUAAAAAUUACAUGUAAUGUUUUAUACAAAUUGCAAAUUGAUCUCAUGGAAUUAUUUAAUAUAUUUUUUCAAUAAAAAGUC